AUGAAUGCGAGCCCUGGUAUUUUAGCCAGGAAGGCGGGGCUUCCGAGGGCGCGCUCGAUCCUGAACCGUUGGUUUGAGUCUGAGCCUCUUAAAGCCACACUGGCUACAGAUGCUGUGAUAGGAGCUAUGACCAGCCCUAACAUCCCGGGCAGUGGGUAUGUCCUCCUCCAUCAUGUGAUGGGGGAGCUGGAGAAGGAGAAGGGAGCGUGGGGUUAUGUGGAGGGGGGCAUGGGAGGGGUGUCCAAGGCCAUCGCUAGCUCCGCCCGCUCCCACGGAGCAGACAUCUUUACUGAACAGGAUGUGCAUCAGGUCCUGGUAGGGUCAGAUGGCAGUGCCAAGGGGGUGGUCCUGAAGGAUGGCACAGAGAUCCACAGCAGAGUGGUACUGUUCAACGCUACACCCUACGUCACAUUUAAAACACUCACUCCUCAGAGUGCUCUUUCUCCAGCAUUCAUCAAAGCUGUAGAUCAGAUUGACUACACCUCCCCUGUCACUAAGAUUAAUGACAUGCAGAUGGAUGGCGGCCCUGCACAGGAGGCAGACACCAUUCUGCACGCCACACACACAAAGGCACACGUCACACGAGCUGGUGGAUCUGUCUUACCAGAUUUCAACGUCCAACAGGACAUCUGGAGCCCACCACACCACCAGACCUUCAGGCUUUAG